AUGAGUGUGAAAACCUGGCAUGAACAUAAGACUGGAUAUGUACAAUUCGUACGCAUGCUCAUACUCAUCACAAUUAGAAAACGCAUACAUAUCAGCUUUCAAUUUUGCUUAAGUAUACACAAGCACGAUUACUUCAGUACCCUGGUUCAUUAUGACCGAUAUCAAAUGCCGUUAUCGAGUGAGCUGGAUGUAAAACAAACGAAAACCCCAGCACUCUAUAAAAAUAUCUCAUCCUUAAAUGCUCAAUCGGAUUGUCGUCCUCACUUAAAAGUUGUUCUACCAUUCCAGUUCACUCUGGAAAUGGCUACAAAUAAUGCAGUGACUCUUUCGUCGAUUUUUCCCAUUAAAUCCACUGCAUUUUGUUUAAUCAUUAAAAGUGAAUUAAAACUCUCGCCAGAGAUGAUAGUCUUUUUGGAGUGCGAAAUGACUGCUGCAGCAGUUAUAAUACCAAAAAGAAUGCAGUAUUUUUUGGCUGAACAACUUAGUAAAACAGAAAAACAAACCAAAAUAGAGAUGAAACGAACGUAA